AUGUUCGGCACCAGACGCAGCCCCCGUACUCACGCCGCGCCCCGCAGCACUCGCCAUACAACUACUACAACCAAGCCUGGCAUUAUGAGCCGCCUGACAGGCGGUGGUCGCACCCGCAAGACUCACACCACCACUACCACAACUGCUCCUCGCACACAGAGGAAAUCUGGUUGGGGUACGCGCCGCAGGGCACCCCGGGCGGCACCAGUGGCCACCCAUCACCGCCGCAAGCCAAGCAUGGGCGACAAGGUCGCUGGUGCUCUGAAGAAAGUCCAGGGUAGUCUCACCCGCAAUCCGGCCAAAAAGGCGGCCGGAACUCGCCGGAUGCAUGGCACCGAUGGGAGGGGGAGCCGCCGCGUUUACUGA